AUGACGUUGGAUUCUAGCAGAAAUGAUAACGUCAUUGACUCUAGCUCUAGUCUCAGCAAUGACAAUAUCACCAUUACACUCAAUGAGAAUGACUUGAACAAGUCUGUGAGCUCCAAUACCGAUGACUCGUGCACGUGGUAUGUCGACAGCAAAUGCACGCGGCCACGCACUUGUUUUGACUGUCUAAACGUACCGCUGUCAACCAACGCGUGCGCUAUAGAUCCGAGUGGCGUUUGUGUAAGCUUAGAUCAGAUCGAGAGUUACCUGGCUAGCCAAAACUACUACAUACCACCAAAGCACUACUACACGUCAAGCGAAUACACGUACUGCAAUGCUGACGACUCAAAAUGCGCCUCCUGCAGUGAUCAAUGGAAGACCAAUUUUGUCACCACCGGAAGCCCCGGCAUGUCGUCGCUCUGCACGGGGACGGAUGGAUGCGUGUGUAUUGCAGACUGUGAAACACCAAAUUGGCAGGACAUGGUGAUCGAAGGCCUAUGUUCUAGCGACGAAAAGAGCUUAAACUCCAUGACGCCCAUUGCUACAAACGUUACAGUUUCACUAUUCGUCGGAGUGGCCGUGGCAGUAUUGCUGGCCGUUGCAACGUGGGGUGCGCGGCGGUUAGUGAAUCGCGGAGAGAAUGAGUCUUCAGCUAUUCGUCGAGACUCGCGUACGAGAGCGCGGCCAGCACCGAUAAGGCCGCAGCUUUCGUUAGCGGGAUGGAAGUCGCUGCGCCGAAGCCUUAUCGAGUCCGAGCAUGGCUAUAUGAAUGGAAGUGAUACCAUGAUGUUGCAGCGCAAUCGUGAAGAUACGUUAGGGGUUGAAAAUGUGCCCACGAUGCGAGUAGAGCAAGAGCAAGGGUUCCGGUCGGAGUCGCGUGCUUGA